AUGAGAAAAAGCAUUACAGAUAAUCUUGAUUUGAAUGUUUUCUGGUAUAUUGGUACAAAAGUAAUAACAAAUGGUGGACGAUAUCGAUAUUGGCGCAAAGGUUUCGAUUGUUGUUUGGAAAUAUAUGACUGUGAUAUAUCAGAUUCGAGCGAUAUUAUAUGCGGUGUAGAAGCAACAAAUUCAAUUGCUUCUGAUAUUAGUGUAUUGCAUGUCAGUGAUGAUGAUUUAGCUGGAAUUGAACCAAAAUUUUUUCAAAAUUUGAAAUAUGAUGAAAUUUACGGUUGUCUACAGUUAGCAUGUCAGGUGUCAGGCUAUCCAAUACCUUAUGUUACCUUUCAUUUUCGCAAUCGUCGCAUUACAAGCAAUCAACGAAUAAAUAUUGAUCGAAAAAAUGAUUGGUAG